AUGGAGACCUAUCACGGUCUCGUUAGGACGCCAACUGAUGCCAUUAUCCUGUUCGAGGCAUGUCGAUUAGGCCUUCUACCACGAGUGCAGCGUCGUCUAUCUGAGAAAGAACGUCAGUCCAUCCGUUCCGGAUCGGUCUUCGUGUGGGAUGAACGAGAAGCAGGCAUGCGGCGGUGGACAGACGGCAAGAGCUGGAGUGCAAGCAGGGUUUCCGGUAGCUUUCUCACCUACCGCGAAAUGGAAGGCAAAAGAGGCAGCAGCUCGUUUGGCACACCUGGCAACCGUGCCACCAAGACGCCCGACAGCGGUGCGGGAGCAGAUGAGCCUGCAGAUGGCGAGGAAGGACCUGAUGGCUAUCGUUACAAGCCCGAUGGUCUGAUGAAGCAGUCGUUCAGCAUUACCACUUCCCAGGGUCAGCACCUCCACCUGAUCAGCUACUUUUCUCGAUCCUCGCCUACGUCGCAGGUUCUGCGGCAGCCCAGUCAAGAUCCUCAGCUGGCCUCUAUCCAGCCUGCGAAAGGCAUGUACCCAGAAUCCACCGUCAACGACCAGUCUACCGUUCCCGCCGUUACUCGUUCACCAAUGCCAGGCGCGCCAAACUAUGUGGUCGCACCUUCGCCGGCAUAUGGACGAGCAGCGCCUCAUCCUCAUCCGUAUCUGCCACCCGGCUAUGUGCCGCACCCAGCAUACAUGGCAUAUCCUCUCAGUCCGAUGCACACCCCUCCUCCUUAUGCUUUGCAUUACGCACCUGGUAUGCCACCACUCGGCUACCAUGCGCCACCGUUUGCAUCGCCGCACCACCUCCCAAUGAGUCACGCGCCACCAUCAUCCUACGACCAGCGCCCGUCGCGUCUGUCGGAUCCUCUAGGCAGGCUUGGGCAAAAUGGAUCGGCUUCACACCCCAACGGCGUUGCUCCUGCACCGUAUACCCAGAGCCAACCGCCCCCGCCUGUGACACAGUCGUAUCAGCCAGCCAGCUAUGCCACUGCUGAGGCUGUCGACGCCAGGACGGCCCCAUCAUUCCAGAUCGAUCCCCGACUCACUACGCCAGUAUCGGCCCCACCUCCACCUUCCUCACAGUCCACACUUCCAGCUGUCCCUCCCGAGACCACAGCCCGUCCGCAGACACCUAUCUCUACAGGAAGUGCGCCUGCGAUGACAGCUACAGCGGCUCCGGUAGCUGCAACUCCGACUACAGCUAGUCAAAUUCCGACCAUUAAUGCCUUGGUUCACCAGGCCGACCGCAUGAACGGCGAAGCCAAGUCGCAGACGGAUGCCGAACGGGGGGGGAGCGCUAGCCCAGCUGGACAGAAUGGUGCACCACCUCAGGACAUUCCCAGCGAGAAGUUGGGGUUUAGUGCAGAUAAGCGUCACUUGAGCAUGCUUGAUCGAGCCUUUGCGAGAGUUUGA